CUCGGCUGAGUACUUACACUCGCCUGAAUCACUUUUGGGUAAAACCGACGAAACCCAUCUUUGCGAGCAUGGGACUCUUGUCUCCCCAUUAAGGGAGCUUGUGAAACAGUUUGUGAUCGUAAUAAAGACCCCUACACCUCAAUCGAAUGCCCUAUCAGCUACUAUCCACCGUGCCAUUCAUCAAACCUAGGGUCGAACCACUCUAGCAUUUAUCACAAUCCAAAGAAAACGACAUGGUUUAUUUGUACAAGAACACUGUAGCGUCGGUAUUCAAGCCUCCAAGCCUUCUCAUCUUUAUAGAUGAAAAUCAGAAAGGGUGGUGUCAGCAAUUCUCAGAAGAAGGCUAUAAUGUCAUACAUGUAGCAUAUAAACCAUUCUCCCCGACAGUGGAUCUCGCAAAGAAUGUCAAGGAGGCUCUUCAUGUUCUUGCUGAGCAUGACACCGAUUGGGGCUUGAUCGCCUAUGGACUGCAGUCCGGUGACUUGCCUUCCAUCGUUGCAGCACUGAGCCCUAAGGCGUUACAGGAUCUGAAGGCUUGCAUUCACUUCUGCCCUAAUUUGGUUGACGGUCAAGAGGCCUUGUUGCGUUAUACAAGUGGUCUAUAUAUUCCGUCAAUCUUCCAUCUUUCUUCCUCACAGGAAAACUUUCAAGCCUCUCUUGCAAUACUAUCUGACCCAACCGCUCUUGGAUAUACACUGCCUACAUCGGCUUAUCACCCGAUAACAGUUCACAGCUAUCCAAAAGUUCCGGCUAAUCCUCCUUUCCCAUUUCUCAUGAAAGCACCUGCCCUGGUUACUGCUGGAGAGAAGUCGUCUGCCGAUCCUUACAUUCGAUCUGCCACUGGCGUCUCGUAUACUCGGACCCUUGAGCUAUUGAAGAGGGCUUUAGGACCUCAUUAUGAUUUUGAGAGGCUUUGGGAGAGGCACACGUACUAUGAAUUCGUUGAACGAGAUGCUCCGAAAACUAUGUCUACGAUGGUCGCCACGCCGUAUGUAAAUCAUAUAGCAACGAUGACUGGUGGGGUCGGAUACGAACACCUUGCCCGCUUCUACAAGUACCACUUCACGGGUGAGAAUGUUACGCCUCCCGAUACAGAGCUUAUCACAGUGUCACGCACUGUCGGCGCGGACAGGGUUAUAGAUGAGAUGAUCUUCAAGUGUACGCACACAACGGAGAACGAUUACUUCUUGCCUGGCAUCAAGCCCACUGGUAAGCCAUUGGAGAUAGCCGUUGUUGGGGUUGUAGCCUUCCGAGGGGAUAAGUUGACGUUUGAACACAUAUAUUGGGACCAGGCAUCUGUCCUUGUACAGCUUGGUCUUCUAGACCCUACCAACCUUCCUGUGGCUGGUGUGGAGGUAGCACGUAAGGUUGUUGACCCCUUCGGAUUGCCGAGCAACACGUUGAUGGAAAGGUGGAGGGAAAGCGAAGGGCUGUCCAUCGACUGAACUCAGUUUGACUAGGAUUGGAAGCUAGAUUGAAUAUCAAAUUUCAUGGUGGAGAGAUAGGUGUACAACAGUGGCAUAACCAAACUAUACAGAAUCGUCCUGAUCAUUGUGCGAGUUGACGGUCGAGUUUAUCAUCCACAUCGUUUGCCGU